AUGGAGAUGAUUGUCCUUGAAGAGGAAUCUGAGAUCUCAGUGGUUAAUGAAAACCUCCAUGAUGCCUCAGCAGAGAAUGCUGCAUCAAAGAUCCACUUUGUUGAAGACAAUGACAUGCCUGCUGCAGUGCCUGGUCUUGAAGAAGUGGGGAACAGUUGCUGCAGAGAUACUGCAGUGUUUCUAGUGUGUUUUGUCUCUCUGACUGGACUCAUACUGUCUGUUUCUAGUGUUAAUUUGUUUGUUUAUACAUCAAAGACAGUUACCAGACACAACUCUGAGUGGGAAUCAAAGACAGACCAGUUACAGACCAGUUACAACAACAACCUGAUUAAAGAAAGAGACCAGUUACAGACCAGUUACGACAACCUGAUUAAAGAAAGAGACUGGUUACAGACCAGUUGCAGCAACUUGACCAAAGAAAGAGACCAGUUACAGACCAGUUGCACCAACCUGACUAAAAAGAAUAACCAGUUACAGACCAGUUACAACAAGCUGGCUAAAAAAAAUGGUGAUCUUCAGAGAAAGCUUGAAGGUAUUGAGGCCAGUUGCAAAAACCUGACUGAGGAGAGAGAGGAACUGAAGAAGAAUCUGCAUGACUUUGCUUCGGAAGGAUGGAUGUAUUUCAGAGGUAGUUUCUACAACAUUUCUUCUACUGAGAAAACCUGGGCAGACAGUAGAGAUGACUGUCGUCGAAAAGGUGCAGACCUGGUGAUUAUCAACAGCAAAGAAGAACAGGAAUUCACAAGACAAUUCCAGAAGUACAUGUGGAUUGGCCUGACUGACUCGGAGACAGAGGGGGUGUGGAAAUGGGUGGAUGGGACUCCAGUGACCAAAAGCUACUGGGGUUCUGGGGAGCCUAACAAUAAAGAAGAUGAAGACUGUGCUGAAAUAAAGUAUCAUGAUAAGGAAAGCAGCUGGAAUGAUGGAAAGUGUUCCCUUUUACACUUAUGGAUUUGUGAAAAGAAAGUCACCGCAACAGUCUACCAGAAUGUUUUAGAGGACUUCAUGAUUCCUUCUGCUGAGGAUCUGUAUGGAGAUGCAGAUUUCAUCUUCCAGCAGGACCUGGCCCCUGCCCAUACCGCCAGAAGCACCAAAACCUGGUUUGAUGCCCAUGCCAUCACAGUGCUUAACUGGCCAGCCAACUCGCCGGACCUAAACCCCAUUGAGAAUCUAUGGGGUAUUAUCAAGAGGAAAAUGAGGGACACCAGACCCAAAAACAAAGAAGGGCUGACAGCAAGCAUCAAGGAAAUCUGGGCUUCCAUAACUCCCAGGCAAUGCCACAGGCUGAUUGCCUCAAUGCCACGGCGCAUCGAGGCAGUGAUUAAGGCAAAGGGAUUCCCAACCAAAUUCCGCAGUGCUUCUGGAUUGGAGAUGCAAGCAGAAGAGAACCACAGGAAUGUGAUCUUUGAGAGAGCAAAGUUUAAUCAGCAGCAUCAAGAAACGGGCGAGACAGCUGACAGUUUAAUUACGGCGCUGCACUGCCUGGCAGAGCACUGCUGUUAUGGUGCUCUACAUGAUGAGAUGGUGAGGGACAGGCUUGUGGUGAGUCUGCGGGACAAACGCCUGUCUGAACAGUUGCAAAUGGACCUGGAAUUGACGCUACGAAAGGCCGUCACCAGAGUCAAACAGACUCUCUAUUCAAACCAAGGAUGGGUGUAUUUCAGUGGUAGUUUCUACUAUAUUUCUUCAAUCAACAAAACCUGGCAAGACAGCAGAGACGACUGUGUGCGAAGAGGUGCAGACCUGAUGAUUAUCAACAGCAAAGAGGAACAGGAAUUCACAAGAAAAUACCGACAGAUAAUGUGGAUUGGACUGACUGACAGAGAGACAGAGGGGGUAUGGAAAUGGGUGGAUGGCACUCUGCUGACAACAAGCUUCUGGCACUCCGGGGAACCAAACAAUUAUGAAGGCACAAACGAAGACUGUGUGGCAGUAAACUACCAUGAUUACAAAAACAGCUGGAAUGAUUUAGAAUGUGUAAUUAAAAACUUCUGGAUCUGUGAAAAGAAAAUGACUCUGUAAA